AUGAGCAGCGCCAUACUGGCUUGGGUUCAAAAACACAAGUCAACACAGUGGGAGAAUGUGAACUAUGAGGACCACUGUUAUGCGCAACUUCCCAAGAUUGCGCUACACAAAACUUCAUUUGUGGAGAAGCUUUCUGCUGAUGACAUUUUGUUUUAUACGGGCAUCUCGCAAACAGCUUUCAACAACCUUGUGAAAGCAGUGUCGACAUUGGCCAAAAAGGCAAGCAUAUUGUCACGUGCUGACCAGCUAGUGAUGUGCCUUAUGAGGCUUCGUCUUGGUCUUCUGUACGGACAUUUAGGGAGAAUUUUCCAGAUGUCAGUUUCUGCUGUGGGGAACAACAUUCGCUACAUGUUUCAAGUGCUGUGCAAAGUAAUGAAGUGGGUUGUCAAUUGGUUGCCAAGAGAAGACAUCAAGGACAGCAUGCCAGCGUCCUUCACGGAGAGUGGAUAUGGUUCCACAACGUGCAUUCUUGAUUGCACUGAAGUUAUGUUGCAGCGCCCAAAGAAGCUAAUGGCCAGGGCACAGACGUUUAGUAGCUAUAAAGCACACAACACUAUAAAGUUCCUCGUGGCUAUUGCCCCUAACGGGCACAUCAUGUUCGUAUCUAAGGCAUAUGGUGGACGUGCUUCGGACAAGCUCAUCACAAGGGAGAGUGGCAUUGGAGAUUACUUCAUGAGAGGUGAUGAAGUAAUGGCGGACCGAGGUUUCUCCCUUGACGACGAGCUACUUGUGCAAGGUGUCCGGCUAAACACGCCAGCCUUCACGAAAGGAAAAAAGCAGUUGACUGAAAAGGAGGUCACCACCACAAGGCGCAUUGCAUCUGUCCGCAUUCAUGUGGAACGUGCAAUCAACCGGAUCAAGACAGGCACUCCCAAUCAAAUCAAAACAAACAUUUAGCGAUAUGGUUUUUAUUUGUGCAGGGUUAUGCAACCUUAAACCUGCUCUCAUUCAACAGGGUGUCUAGUAACCAGAAAACAUAAAAUAGACAAGGAAAUCAAGGAAUUAUAUAGACCAUUUUUUCGUAGGCGCCGCCAUAUUGUGAACGCAGUGGCACCGCCUAUGAGCAGCGCCAUACUGGCUUGGGUGAAAGCGGUCUUUCGCAUGGCAGGUAUACGCUCGGCGGCAGGUUCUGGCGUUUGUUUUCGCGGUCAUGCGGUCUGUUUAGUAUAACGUGCAUUUUCUACGUGGUAAAUGGUUCUGUGAGACGUGCUGAAGUGGUUUAAUGCGUCAUGGCCGGAGUUUAUGCUGGCGUUGAGGUGAGCGGAACACGCAGCGCCAUGUGUGCGCGCAUAUUUGAGCCUACAAUCAGCCUCGGAGAUCAAUUGUGUAUUUCUGAAUAUUCCAGUCACUAACGUGACCUUAUUGUAGUAUUAUCCUCUAUUUCUAUGCUGCACUUUAGGAGCCAUGAAACAUACGCGACGAUCGUAACGGCGUGAGCGUGGACACCGUUCUACUACGAUAGGAGCUGUGAUGUUAUACUUUGACAAGCGUUCAAACUGUUCGCUGCAGGUUACAUUGCGUGAUUACUUGGUUCGAUGAAUGAGGUUUCCGCCCUGAAUAAAAUAGUUUUGGCAAGUGAUAGCAACAUACCUUACAGUCCGCAUUACGCUUGUCCAGCAAAGGGACUGUUUACGAACUGCACGAGCGUCUCAAGCAGUGGUAGGUGCUGGAUUACAUAUAUCUUUUUUCUAUAUACCGAAUGGUCCAAGCAUAUCGCAUCAGCGGUUAUAUAUAAACGUGCGGCGUGACUAUGCGAGGCCCUAUUGCGGCGUUAGCCCGUUUUCUCUUGCUUUUUCGAGAAAGAGGAUGAUAACCGAGUUUUUUUUUCGGUUGUGUUCAUUCCUUUCUCAACGAUGCACUCACACGCAUUACGGAAAUUUUGUCCUCAAAAAUAGGCAUCGCAUUCUUUUUAUGCGAUCCCUCAUAUAUUAUGGCUGUAUGCAGGCCAAAAAGGCAAUGUCGAAGCGCACAGCUUACAUAUGUACUGUGCUGGUUCACCAACCGCAGUGAUCGCUGUCUUGAGCAGCGCCAUCGGCCUCAUGCAGGAAGGCUAGCGUAGACAUAUGGUAAUUUGAAGCGUACUAGACUUGAAAUGCGCGAGAACGAUGCCGGUGCAUCACAAAUAUUUGAUUGCGCCCGCCGCUUAGAUGUUUCGUGGUUGCCUUAGGUUGGCCGUGCACGAGCAUGCGCUCUUAUAAGCUUUAUGUUUUACUCCCUACUCCAAGCGAUCAGAUAUUGAACAGAUUUACCAUUUCAUGCGGCUAAUACAGAGACACCGGUUCUCUUUGUCGAAUUUAAACCGAUAUAUGCAAAAUAGUUCACAACACAUACACACUCCGCGACUGAUAAUGUGCGUACACCGCAGCUGAUAAAACGCGUCAGAUUUUUGUGCCCCGAAAAGAUAUUUCAGCCUACUGUAGUUACCGAUGCGCGGAAAAUCUCCUCUGACGAGCUCAUAUGAACGGACAUGGCGUAAAUUUCACAAAGUAAGAUCUAAAACAUCUCGAAAUCGUUCCGCAGCACGCGACAGCAAUACUUUCAAGCAGCGCCGCGCCGGAUCACCCAAGCCAGAGAGGAGGAAAGGCCCUCCGCGCGCCCUAUCCUCCUCGCCCGAUGAAAUGGCCUAUAGAAUACCAAUAAAAAGCAUAACUUUCUGUACAUGACUUCCUGCUGGAUCAACUGAAGUAUAGGGUCUGUUAUCGUUGGUUGCAAUGGUUUUUUUUUUGCCCUUCACUUGCAAAGAAAUUUCCAUUGGCACAAUGUGAGACAUUUAAAGGAGUAGUUUGCUUCACAUCCUGUUAAAUUCAGAGAGUUGAAGGAACAAUGCUGUCAGCUUCACAGUAAAAAUAGUGCAGUUGUGGUACUUUGCAAUAAAGUGCUUUAUUUUGAAGGUUUGCUCCAGUUCCUUUUUUAUCAAGAAGCACCUCGAGUAUACAUAUAUUUUCAUCACUCUGUUACACUAGAAUCUAAUUUUCCAACUUCAGUUUCAGGGCACCCCUGUGAACAGCAGUCCUAGUCUCAAUGUGCCAGGGACCUUCGCCAACAUUUGAAAGUUGAGCAUGAAGCUCGUCUAUACAGUUGAGCAACAAAGGCACACAAAUUACGGUACAUUUGUCAGAGAGGAGGAAAUGUACAAAAACACAGUUGGCAUCAACUAAGAUGCUCAAUAAUUUGUCAGAAUAUCUGCACAUAACUUCAUUAGCAAGGCAAAAAGGCAUAAAGGCAUAAAUGACUGAAAAGGAAUUCACUGAUUUGUCCUUGUGUUAAGUAAUUGGUACACAUUUUUGUUUCGUAUAAAGUGAACUUUAUGCAUGACUGUAAUGGGCACCAUACACGCCAACAUACUGGGCACUGGUGCGAGAAUUUUAUCUUGUUUGCACAUGGUUCAAAAACCUUUAACGCAGCUAAUUUCUUCUAAAACCUGAAGUAAUCAUUUCACAGUUCCUUACAUCAGUUCAUUGACAGGCUCGACUAUAAACACUUAUUUUGCCAUAUUUGUGAAGCAGCUUAUGUGAAUGUACUGGUACCGAGUGAACUGUCAUGGUACCUUACUGUACGGUGUUCAACAAAAGAAACGCGAACAGUAAAACGAUUUCAACUCGGGCAGACUGAAUAAUUAAUAUUGGGCUGUCAGCUUCACGGCAUGUGGACCGGCGGGUGGAACUGCUAACAAAAGUAGCUUCUAUUAAUUUUCCAGUAGCUAUUACAUUGGCCUCCUUAAGAUUGUCUGUUUUCUUAGCAUUUCAUUUGUUAAGGACAGCACUUCCAAUGCAACCUUCUGCUUGAAAAUUCGCCCAGGAGACUCCCGAUUUUUUACUGAACUUUCCAAUUGUACGAUCACUGCAUGAUAUCUCCCGAAAAGCGGUCUCUGUUCGCGCAAUAAUGGUUUUUGCAAAACCGGCACCGCGGAAUCUCCAGCCACAUCGUAAUAGUCGGCAUCACCAACAACGGCUGCACUAGCACCAUCGGUAUCAUCAAUUAAGCAGCCAAUUACGGUGCUUAGAAGGCCAACCAAAGCCAGAGCCAAUGUCGCUCUUGCAUUUCAUGUAUGCCUGUGCAUGCCUUCCUCCAUUGUGCAUCUUGUUAUUGCUACGUAUGUGUCACAGUGUGUGAUUAGUGUUGGCUAUGCCGUCUGUGUGCGGCGCAGCGUGUAAAGUUAUUGUGUGCCUGAUACCAUGGUGCUACCAAAGCCCAAGAAAAGGUAUCUGCAGAAGUUUUUUACUGUCAUAUACUUCCAAAUUUCCGUUCUUUUUGGCAUCAAUAAAACAUUUUGCAUUUUGCACAUGUGGAUGCGAUGCCAUUGUGUCGCACGGUGGCAAAGGCGACGUGAAACUUCGUGUUUCCACGGCGAAGCAUCAAAGCUAUGUUCGCAACGCUGAGCAGCAAGGCAACAUGGUGAACUUCCUUCGGAACAACUGCGAUGACAGUGUCAUACGUGCGGAGGGCCUGUUUACGGGAAUCCUCGUCGAACACAACCUGCCCCUUAGUGUCAGCGACCACGUCGGGCCUCUUCUACGGAAAAUGUUUCCGAAAUGCGACGAGGCGAAGCAUUAUGUAUGCGGACGUACGAAGGCAAGCGCAAUUGUAGGAGAAAUGGCAUCAGAGGUGCAGAGCACGAUGCUGAAGACCAUCAAGCAUUGUGCUUUUGCUGUUGCGGUCGACGGCAGCAACAACACUACUGCACAGCUGUACCCGAUUGUGGGGACGUACUACGUCGAGGAAUGCUUGCGCAUUGAAAGUAGGUUAUUCAGAAUUCAGGAACUCCAUGGGGAGGCGACGGGACGAAAAAUCAGGAACGUCGUGUUGAAGGCAAUGGAAACCUUUGACGUGCCUGUGUCAAACUGCAUUGCGUCUUGUGCCGACAACGCAAAUGUUAUGCUAGGGAAAAAAGACGGCAUCGCCGCAGUCUUAAAGGAGGAACAAGAAAACUUGGUUGUGAUUGGCUGCCCAUGCCAUCUAAUUAACUUUGCUGCUGAGAAGGAGCCACGUGCUUGCCGGCUAAGUUUGGCGAGGUUCUUGUGGACAUCUUUUAUUACUUGGAGAAAAGCUCUAAACGCCAGGACAAGCUGUCUGAAUUUCAAGAGAUGCACAAUGUAGAAAUGCAAAAAAUGUUGAAGCAUGUACCGACUUGUUGUGACUAGGCAAGUGCCUGACAAGAAUUCUUGACCAGUGGCAACCUCUGGUUAAACCUCUCAAAGAAAUCAAAUCAAAGAAGCAGCACCCAUCCAUUUUAGAGUCUUAUCAGAUUCCUCGUAGGCCUGAAUCAUCAGGAGGUGCAAAGUCCAACGAAGCCAGUCGCAGGCGUAAAGCACCAACCGAGAAGGAUGCCCCAGCUACAAAAGAAGCCAAAAUGUUAACAGAGUCUGCAAGACAAGAAAUUGUUCCGACUCGUGAAAGGCUGCUUCAUUUUUUGACCUCUGACAUUAACUUGGCUUUUGGAUUUUUUUUUAAGUGUGAUUUCGCUUUUUGAGAAAGCCCAUUGCCAGCUACAGUCACAGGCACCUCAAAUACAUAUUCUGCAGUUGGUUCUGCUCAAACUCCUCACUGAGCUUUUGACUAGGUUUGCCUUGCCAACUGCUGUAAAGGUUGCUCCUUCUCCGCUUGAAGUUCUAUAUCAAGAUAUCCGCAAUCAGAAGGCAGACAGUGAUCUGGUCAUUGGGUACAGUUCGGUACAGCAGCAUUGUUAGCGAAACUUAGUUCACAUGAUCAGAUCAAUUUUUAACUUGUGUCCGCUCUUACUUUAUCACUGCGUGCGAUUUCAUGAGGAACAUAUUCCGACUUGAAAAUGCAACUCUGAAGAAUACGGAGGUGGCCAACCUGAAAUUUAUUUGAGAGGCAUCGCUCUCGAGUCCUUGUUACUUUAUUCAGUUUCCCUCAGCUGCUGCCCCGAGAUUCCAAUAAAUCUGCUGAAGAUGCUUUAGAUGCUCUUGAAGCCGAGUUUGCAACACUACAAGCGUACAGUUUUCCAGAGGACAUUCUGAAUGAAGAAAGGUGCGAUGUGCAGUGGUCUAUGAAUGGAAAAAAUGAAAAAUACUAACGGAAAACAGAUGUUUCACCGAGUUGCCAAGGUGAUGCUGAAUUUACUCGAGAUACUGCACAGCAAUGCAGAGUUUGAGAGGGUUUUUAGCACGGUGCGAAAAACUAGGACCGAAUUCCACUCAUCAGUGCAACACAACCCUCCAAAACCUGCUGCUAGAGAAGGGCCAUCAGUCUGGACCAUGUUUCGAGCAGAGCUACUCCGUCAAAGUUUUGAAGCGAGCAAAGUCUGCUACUGCAAGGUCCCUACAAAAGGACUCGUCGAACGCUGCUUGAAAGAUUGAAC